AUGACGGCGAUCAACAUAUGGAGGAAUAGCAUACUCGGGAAGUGGAAUACUGGCGCCCGUAGGCUUCUGCUAGCCGCCGGCACCAGCAUCGUUAUCCUAGCCAGGUCAGCCAAGACAGACACUAAGUACGUCUUCGCCGGAUUCAGAAACGACACCAACUGGCCGGACGGGGCUCCCUGGCUCCUCAGCCUCGUGCAGUCGGUGCUCUCCGUCACUGCGUUGGACGUUGUGUAUCACACGACGGAGGAAAUGCCGAACCUGCGACUCAACGCGCUCCGAGCGUUACUGUAUACGGUUGUCGUCGGCGGAGGCACCAUCCUGGACGCUGCUGGCGACAUUGCCAUCUUGGCUAUGGUUCUGCGCGCGAUGAGUAGCCGCGCAGUCGCAGCCACAGUAGGCUUGCUGGUUAGCGGGUGCUUCGUCAAUGGCUUCAGCGCGAGCAUCACCAGCGUCAGUCGCCUGUUUGCCAUGGCACGCGAUCGCGACGUCGUCUUUGACGAGUUCUUGGAGCAUUUCUCGCCAUGCCAUAAUGUCCCCGUCGACUUUAUCUUAUUCUGCUACGUUCAACGUCUGCUUCGGGUUGUUCUGCUUGGGCCCGACCGUGGCGUUUAG